CGGGGCGGGGGGGGUUGGGGGAGGGGCGUCAAGAUGGCGGCGGGGAGGUAGGCAGAGCCGGACGCUGCUGCUGCCGCCGCCACCGCCGCCUCCGCUCCAGUCGCCUCUGGUCCUUCAAGCUGUCGCCGCCCGGGAGAAGGUGUUCCAGCGUCAGAUCCUGUAGGGAAAAUGGUGGAGCCAGGGCAAGAUUUACUGCUUGCUGCUUUGAGUGAGAGUGGAAUUAGUCCGAAUGACCUCUUUGAUAUUGAUGGUGGAGAUGCGGGGCUUGCAACUCUGACACCUACUCCUCCAGUACAACAGUCAGUGCCACUUAGUGCAUUAGAACUAAAUUUGGAGACUGAAGCAGCAGUUCCUGUUAAACAAGAACCAGAGACGGUAUCUACUCCAGCAUUAUUAAAUGUUAGGCAGCAGCCUCCAUCUACGACAACAUUUGUGCUGAAUCAAAUAAAUCAGCUUCCAACCUUGGGAUCUACAAUUGUAAUGACUAAAACACCACCUGUAACAACGAAUAGGCAAACCAUCACUUUAACAAAAUUUAUUCAAACUACUGCAAACACACGUCCCUCGGUCUCAGCACCAGCAGUGCGAAAUGCCAUGACCUCUGCACCUUCAAAAGACCAGGUUCAACUGAAGGACCUACUAAAAAAUAAUAGUCUGAAUGAACUAAUGAAACUGAAGCCACCAGCCAAUAUUGCUCAGCCAGUUGCAACAGCAGCCACUGACGUAAGCAAUGGCACAGUAAAAAAAGAGUCUUCUAAUAAAGAAGUAGCAAGAAUAUGGAUAAAUGAUAUGAAAAUGAGGAGUUUUUCCCCAACUAUGAAGGUCCCUGUUGUGAAAGAGGAAGAUGAACCAGAGGAAGAAGACGAAGAAGAAAUGGGUCAUGCGGAAACCUAUGCAGAGUAUAUGCCAAUAAAAUUAAAAAUUGGCCUACGUCACCCAGAUGCAGUAGUUGAAACUAGCUCUUUAUCCAGUGUUACUCCUCCUGAUGUUUGGUACAAAACAUCUAUUUCUGAAGAAACCAUUGAUAAUGGCUGGUUAUCAGCAUUACAGCUUGAAGCAAUUACAUAUGCAGCCCAGCAACAUGAAACAUUCCUACCUAAUGGGGAUCGUGCUGGCUUCUUAAUAGGUGAUGGUGCUGGUGUAGGAAAAGGAAGGACAAUAGCAGGAAUCAUCUAUGAAAAUUACUUAUUGAGUAGAAAAAGAGCUUUGUGGUUCAGUGUUUCAAAUGAUUUAAAGUAUGAUGCUGAAAGAGAUUUGAGGGAUAUUGGAGCAAAAAACAUUUUGGUCCAUUCAUUAAAUAAGUUUAAAUAUGGAAAAAUUUCUUCCAAACAUAAUGGGAGUGUGAAGAAGGGUGUUAUUUUUGCUACCUAUUCUUCCCUUAUUGGUGAAAGUCAGUCUGGUGGUAAAUAUAAAACGAGGUUGAAACAACUUCUGCAUUGGUGCGGUGAUGACUUCGAUGGAGUGAUAGUAUUUGAUGAAUGUCAUAAAGCAAAAAACUUAUGUCCUGUUGGUUCUUCAAAGCCCACCAAGACAGGCUUAGCAGUUUUAGAGCUUCAGAACAAAUUACCAAAAGCCAGAGUUGUUUAUGCUAGUGCCACUGGUGCUUCUGAACCACGAAACAUGGCCUAUAUGAACCGUCUUGGAAUAUGGGGUGAAGGAACUCCAUUUAGAGAAUUCAGUGAUUUUAUUCAGGCAGUAGAACGGAGAGGUGUUGGUGCCAUGGAAAUAGUUGCUAUGGAUAUGAAGCUUAGAGGAAUGUACAUUGCUCGACAGCUGAGCUUUACUGGAGUGACCUUCAAAAUUGAGGAAGUUCUUCUUUCUCAGAGCUAUGUUAAAAUGUAUAAUAAAGCAGUCAAACUGUGGGUCAUUGCCAGAGAGCGUUUUCAGCAAGCCGCGGAUCUGAUUGAUGCUGAGCAACGAAUGAAGAAAUCCAUGUGGGGUCAGUUCUGGUCUGCUCACCAGAGAUUUUUUAAAUACUUGUGCAUUGCAUCCAAAGUUAAAAGGGUUGUACAACUAGCUCGAGAAGAAAUCAAGAAUGGAAAAUGUGUUGUAAUUGGUCUGCAGUCUACAGGAGAAGCUCGAACAUUAGAAGCCUUGGAAGAGGGCGGGGGAGAAUUGAAUGAUUUUGUUUCAACUGCCAAAGGAGUGUUGCAGUCACUCAUUGAAAAACACUUCCCUGCUCCAGACAGGAAAAAACUUUAUAGUUUACUAGGAAUUGAUUUGACAGCUCCAAGUAACAACAGCUCACCAAGAGAUAGUCCUUGUAAAGAAAAUAAAAUAAAGAAACGGAAAGGUGAGGAAAUAACUCGAGAAGCCAAAAAAGCACGAAAAGUUGGUGGCCUUACUGGUAGCAGUUCUGAUGAUAGUGGAAGUGGAUCUGAUGCCUCUGAUAAUGAGGAAAGCGACUACGAGAGCUCUAAAAACAUGAGUUCUGGAGAUGAUGAUGAUUUCAACCCCUUUAGAGAUGAGUCUAGUGAGGAUGAUGAAGAUGAUCCCUGGUUAAUCAGAAAAGACCACAAGAAAAACAAAGAUAAAAAAAAAAGGAAAAGUAUAGAUCCAGAUUCUAUUCAAAGUGCCUUAUUAGCAUCAGGUCUUGGAUCAAAACGACCUAGUUUUUCAUCUACACCAGUUAUUUCACCUACUCCUAACAGUGCACCAGCUAACAGUAACAUCAACAGUAACAGUAGCCUUAUAACAAGUCAGGAUGCUGUGGAAAGAGCCCAGCAGAUGAAGAAAGACCUACUUGAUAAACUAGAAAAAUUAGCUGAAGACCUUCCUCCUAAUACCUUGGAUGAACUUAUUGAUGAACUUGGUGGUCCUGAGAAUGUUGCUGAGAUGACUGGCCGCAAGGGAAGGGUUGUAAGCAAUGAUGAUGGAAGUAUAUCUUACGAAUCAAGAUCUGAACUCGAUGUCCCUGUGGAAAUACUAAAUAUCACAGAAAAACAAAGAUUUAUGGAUGGAGAUAAGAAUAUUGCUAUCAUCUCAGAAGCUGCUAGCUCAGGUAUUUCAUUACAAGCAGAUAGGAGAGCUAAAAAUCAAAGACGAAGAGUUCACAUGACUCUGGAAUUACCAUGGAGUGCUGAUAGAGCAAUUCAGCAAUUUGGACGGACUCAUAGAUCAAACCAAGUUACUGCUCCUGAAUACGUUUUUCUGAUUUCUGAGUUGGCAGGAGAACAGAGAUUUGCAUCUAUUGUUGCUAAAAGACUUGAGAGUUUGGGUGCACUUACACAUGGAGACAGAAGAGCAACAGAAUCUAGAGAUCUGAGCAGAUUCAACUUUGAUAAUAAGUAUGGAAGAAAUGCUUUAGAAAUUGUCAUGAAAUCCAUUGUAAACCUGGAUUCUCCUAUGGUCUCACCACCUCCAGACUAUCCUGGAGAAUUCUUUAAAGAUGUUCGACAAGGACUAAUAGGCGUUGGCCUGAUAAAUGUAGAAGAUCGUUCCGGAAUUCUUACUCUAGAUAAAGAUUAUAACAACAUAGGAAAAUUCUUAAAUAGAAUUUUGGGCAUGGAAGUGCAUCAACAGAAUGCAUUAUUUCAGUAUUUUGCAGAUACACUUACUGCAGUUGUUCAAAAUGCCAAAAAAAAUGGAAGAUAUGAUAUGGGAAUCUUAGAUCUUGGUUCUGGAGAUGAAAAAGUGAGGAAAAGUGACGUUAAGAAGUUUUUGACUCCAGGAUAUUCAACCUCUGGCCACGUAGAAUUAUACACAAUAAGUGUAGAGAGGGGAAUGUCCUGGGAGGAAGCUACCAAGAUUUGGGCUGAGUUGACAGGACCAGAUGAUGGCUUUUAUUUGUCAUUGCAAAUAAGAAACAACAAGAAAACUGCCAUCUUAGUCAAAGAAGUGAAUCCUAAAAAGAAGCUUUUCUUAGUUUAUAGACCAAAUACUGGGAAACAGCUCAAAUUAGAAAUUUAUGCUGAUCUAAAGAAGAAAUAUAAGAAGGUAGUGUCAGAUGAUGCCCUGGUCCACUGGUUAGAUCAGUAUAAUUCAUCUGCAGAUACUUGUACUCAUGCUUAUUGGCGUGGUAAUUGCAAAAAAGCAAGCUUGGGAUUAGUUUGUGAAAUUGGUCUUCGGUGCCGCACAUACUAUGUAUUAUGUGGCUCAGUACUGAGUGUCUGGACGAAAGUCGAGGGUGUUCUAGCAUCUGUCAGUGGCACAAAUGUGAAAAUGCAGAUAGUUCGGCUAAGAACAGAGGAUGGACAACGGAUUGUAGGUUUGAUCAUUCCUGCAAAUUGUGUGUCUCCUCUUGUAAAUCUCCUGUCAACUUCAGACCAGUCUCAACAGCUUGCAGUCCAACAGAAACAGCUCUGGCAGCAGCGUCACCCCCAGAGUAUCGCCAAUUUGAGCAACGCAUAAGAACAGACAGGUUUUAACAUGGAUGUAUCUGAAAUGCUGUUGAAGCAUAUCAUUUGCAUAAAAAUCAGGGACAGUUUCCAAAGAAUUAUAAUUUUUUUUCAGUUGUGCUCUCUCUAGUUAAUUUUUUCGGGAAUAAGGACAAACCUGGAAUAGAUAGCAAAACUGAAAAUCAGCAGUGCCGAUGGUGGUACAUAUGUCUUUCCUUUUGCUUUUCCCAUGGUACUUCCCAUAUGCAUUUACUUUGGGUGAGCAGAGGGGUAUGUGUGCUUGUGUGUCCGUCUGUUUGUUUGUUUGUGAGUUUGUUAAAAGCUAUGAACCACAAUUGGUUUUAAAAUGCUUGGAACUUCCCAAACUGGCUUUACUUUAUUUUAUACAGUGCUCAGGGUUAACGCAGUACAUCCAUGCCAUUGCUAUGGGACUUAUCCCCGAAUGCAUGUGUUUUGAGUCUAUAAAUAGAGAAAAUAUAUAUUGGUUUCUUUUUCCAACUUAUUAAAACAGUAGGUUUAUUAAAGCAUGAAAUGAAAGGUUGCAUAUCAUGCAUUCAGGUUCUUUUCUAGUUUUUGUUCUGACAGUGCAUGUCUUUGAAAGCAUGCGUAAACAAGAUUAACACAGAUGUCAAGUAAGAGAGAAACAUUUGUAGAUGUACAGCAUUGGUUAUUGCAUUUUUAUAGUGUUUAUACCUGGGUAUUGCUUCAAACCCUGCAGAAUCCACUUCCCCCAUUCUCCCUUCCUGCCCCAGGUUUCUUGUCAAGGUAAUGAGUACAUACAUUUUUUUUGUGAUAAAACUCUUAAAAGUUAAUUUUAAUGUAUUAAUAGUAUUCCUAAUGUGUGCUGCAAAAUGGCUACAAGCCCGCUUUUCUUAAAAUUACAUUUUUCUUAAGGAUAGUUGUAGAAAGAAGUACAAAUUGGCUUCCAUCUUGCAAACCAUCUUUUUUUUUUUUUACUUCUUUAUCUUCAUUUGCUCUGUCACUCGUAAAAAUGGAAACCGUACUUGAGUUGUAAACUAGACAAUGAGGAAACACUUGAGGCUUCUGCUGUAUGUUUAUUUCUUGUUAUUGUUGUUACCCAGUAACUUGAAUAUUGUUUAAUGUGUUGUUAAGACAUUGUAGAGUUUAUCUCAAGCUGUUAAAAAUGGUAAUGUACAAAUGUGAAUAGACACUUAUCUAUAAUAUGGGUAAGUUUUGUUUCGCCUAUAAUAGAUGUUUAUAAAAACAAGUGAGGGGACAAUUGGUCUUUUUGUUUCCUUUUUAUUUCUUCCCCCUUUUUUUGCUUGCACAGGUUGCACUAUUGAAAAAUUGAGAUUGUAUAAAACCUGGUCAAAAACUGCAAGAUACCACAGUCUUGUAGAUGUCAAAUAAAAAUUUAUUAUACUAACCA